GAACGAGCCAGCAACACACGCCCACACUAAGCUCAGCUCAGCUAGCAACACGCGGCGGCCAUGGGCGGCAGCGCGGCGGAGUCGGCGGCCGGGAAGAAGGACGCCGGCGGCGGGGAGAGGGCGCACCUGCGGGUGCCGCUGCCGCAGCCGCGCCCGUUCCUGGACACGUUCCGGGCCAACCUCAAGGAGACCUUCUUCCCGGACGACCCGUUCCGCGCCGUGGUGCGGGAGCGCGGGGCCGGGCGGCGCGCGGCGGCGGCGCUCCGGUACUUCUUCCCGCUCCUGGAGUGGGCGCCCGCCUACACGCUCGGCACCUUCAAGUCCGACCUCAUCUCCGGCAUCACCAUUGCCAGCCUCGCCAUCCCGCAGGGCAUCAGCUACGCCAAGCUCGCCAACCUCCCGCCAAUCCUAGGACUAUACUCGAGCUUCGUGCCGCCGCUGGUGUACGCCAUGAUGGGGAGCUCCCGGGACCUGGCGGUGGGCACGGUGGCGGUCGCGUCGCUGCUCAUCAGCUCCAUGCUCGGCGCCGAGGUGUCCCCAACGGACAACCCCGCGCUCUACCUCCACCUCGCCUUCACCGCAACCUUCUUCGCCGGCGUCUUCCAGGCAUCGCUCGGACUGCUCAGGCUGGGUUUCAUCGUGGACUUCCUGUCCCAUGCGGCGAUCGUGGGGUUCAUGGGUGGCGCGGCCACGGUGGUGUGCCUGCAGCAGCUCAAGGGCAUGCUCGGCCUCGAGCACUUCACCACCUCCACCGACCUCGUCUCCGUCAUGCGCUCCGUCUUCUCCCAGACGCACCAGUGGCGAUGGGAGAGCGUCGUGCUCGGCAGCGGCUUCCUCUUCUUCCUCAUCAUCACCCGCUACUUCAGCAAGAGGCAGCCAAGGUUAUUCUGGAUAUCCGCUGCGGCGCCAUUGACAUCGGUCAUCCUCGGAAGCCUCCUGGUGUACUUCACUAAAGCUGAAAACCAUGGCAUUCAAGUGAUCGGUUACCUCAAGAAGGGCCUGAAUCCACUCUCCGUCACAAACCUCGACUUCACGCCCCCAUAUAUGAUGCUCGCAGUCAAGACCGGGAUCAUCACCGGCGUCAUCGCCCUCGCUGAAGGGAUCGCCGUGGGGAGGAGCUUUGCCAUGUUCAAGAACUACCACAUCGAUGGCAACAAGGAGAUGAUCGCCAUCGGGACGAUGAACAUCCUGGGGUCCUUCACCUCCUGCUACCUCACCACGGGACCCUUCUCCCGAUCCGCCGUCAACUACAACGCCGGCUGCAAGACGGCCAUGUCCAACGUGAUCAUGUCUCUGGCGGUGAUGAUCACGCUCCUCUUCCUCACGCCGCUCUUCCACUACACCCCGCUGGUGGUGCUCUCGGCAAUCAUCAUGUCGGCGAUGCUCGGGCUGAUUGACUUCCCGGGCGCCGUGCACCUAUGGCAUGUCGACAAGGUGGACUUCUGCGUCUGCGCCGGGGCAUACUUGGGCGUCGUAUUCGGCAGUGUGGAGAUGGGAUUGGUGGUGGCAGUGGCGAUCUCGGUGCUGCGGGUGCUGCUGUUCGUGGCACGGCCAAGGACAACGGUGCUCGGCAACGUGCCGGACACCACCAUGUACCGGAGGAUGGACCAGUACACGACGGCACGGACGGUGCCCGGCGUGCUCGUGCUGCGGGUGGACUCCCCGAUCUACUUCGCCAACUCCAGCUACCUCCGGGAGAGGAUCUCACGGUGGAUCGACGACGAAGAGGAGCGGACAGGAGCCAAGGGUGAGACCGGCGUGCAGUAUGUCGUCCUAGACAUGGGUGCGGUCGGUGGCAUCGACACUAGCGGGACAAGCAUGCUGGAUGAGCUCAAGAAGAACCUGGACAGGAGGGGAAUUCAGGUCGUGUUGGCGAACCCGGGGACCGAGAUCAUGAAGAAGCUGGACAGCUCCAAGGUUCUGGAGCUCAUCGGUCACGAGUGGAUCUUCCCGACUGUAGGCGAGGCGGUGUCGGAGUGCGACUUCGUGCUGCACUCGCACAAGCCGGGCAAUGCGGCGGCAGUUCACGAGAACAUAGUCUGAUUCGGUCAAAGCAUUGAGUCUAACCUAAGCUGUCAACAGGCGAAGCCGAGUUCAGUAUAGACAUCUCGAGCUAUUGUACUACAUUGUGAAUCGAAUUCACAUGAAAAAUAUCACCCUUUUUGGUGGGUGUUAAAGCAAAAUCUAAGUCUGUGAA